AUGUCUACCGAGACGGCUUCUGGCGUCCUUCCAGACGAGGAGAAACAACAACCCGAGAAGCAAUUGCAGCCUGACAGCAGCGAAGAUGAAUUUCUAGUUGGUUGGGAUGGUGAACAUGACCCUCUCAAUCCUCGGAACCUUUCCCUGGUGCGGAAAUGGCUUAUUGUGAUCAUUAUAUCAAUGGGAAACUUGCUUGUAACAUUAGCCUCAUCUAUUUACUCGGAAUCUAUUGUACAACUCAAGGAACGCUUCCACAAGUCCCAGGAGGUUGUAACGCUUGGCUUAUCGCUGUUUGUUUUUGGGCUGGCAGUUGGACCCAUGGUUCUAGGUCCACUAUCUGAGUUCUAUGGCCGAAGACCGAUCUAUAUUAUAUCUGUCUUCUUUUUCAUCAUGUUCUUGAUCCCCGAGGCCGCAGCGCAGAACAUCCAGACUAUUAUCGUUGGAAGAUUCCUGGAUGGGAUAUCUGGGAGUGCGUUCCUGAGUGUCGCGGCCGGCACGGUAGCAGACCUGUUUGAACCCUCCCAGAUCCAGCGACCAAUGAUGCUCUACACCCUCGCCCCAUUCCUGGGUCCCGUGCUCGGUCCCCUGGUUGGAGGGUUCAUCAAUUCCUUCACCACAUGGCGCUGGUCCUUCUACAUCCUGAUCAUCUGGGCCGGCGUUAUCCUUGCCUGCCUGGUAGCCGUACCUGAAACCCUGCACCCCGUCCUGCUCGCCCGCAAAGCAGCGGCGCUCCGCAAAAGCACCGGCAACCCCGCCUACCACUCAGCAUCUGAAGACGCCCGCGCCCAGAAGUCCAUCCCCCGAGCGCUUAUGAACUCCAUCUACCGGCCCUUCCAGCUCCUGCUCCUAGAACCCAUGUGUCUGAGUCUAUGCAUCUACUCUGCCCUCCUCCUCGGCAUCCUCUACCUCUUCUUCGGCGCCUUCCCCCUCGUCUUCAGCACCAACCACGGCUUCACGCUCUGGCAAACCGGUCUCACCUUCCUCGGCCUUGUCGUCGGCCAGAUCGCCGCCAUCCUAACCACCCCGUUCUGGCAGAAGAACCACGCUCGCCUCGUCGCCAAAGCGAACGCCAACCUUCCCGAGGGUGAGAAGCCCCCCAAGCCCGACCCCGAGCUACGUCUCCCGCCCGCCAUCCUCGGGGGCGUCCUCGUCCCCAUCGGCCUCUUCUGGUUCGGCUGGACCACCUACCGCUCGGUCCACUGGAUCGUCCCCAUCAUCGGCAGUGUCUUCUUCGGCGCUGGCAUGUUCUUCGUCUUCUCCGGCGUCUGGACUUUCCUCGUUGACGCAUACCCCGGAUACGCCGCUAGCGCGCUCGCCGCCAACAGUUUCGCGCGCUGCAUGUUCGCUGGUGCUUUUCCUCUCUUUGGCGAUCAAAUGUAUAAAAAGCUCGGCUACCAAUGGGCCACAUCCCUCCUAGCCUUCCUAGCUCUCGGCAUGAUGCCAUUCCCAUAUCUCUUCUUCCGCUACGGCAGGAUCUUGCGCGCGAAGAGUACGUUCGCUUCUGCAUAG